AUUGCUUCACGGCUCAAACAAAAUUAUAUUUUAAUUGUUUAUUAGCGGUAAAAGUUUUGAUGAAGAAUUUCUUUUGUUUUAUUUUUUAACUUCAUCAUAUUUAUUGGCAUUUUUACGUCUCUUGUGACUACGAGAGCUGCAGAAUAUACCGCAGGACUUCACCGCAUGUCAUUGACUGCCGACAAAAAGUCGCUGCAUUUUUAAAUUAUUUUAAACAUGUCAAAUUUCAUUGGAAACAUAGUACUGAAAAAUCAUACACAUGAAAUAAUGGAUUUCGUCAAGUCGACUAAUGUUUCAUAUCAAGUGCAUCAUGUGUCCAGACAAAAGCGCGGUCAGGUACUUGGAACGAAAGCUGGCUUUCGUGGAUGUACUGUAUGGUUAACAGGUUUAUCAGGCGCUGGUAAAACAUCAAUUUCUAUGGGUCUAGAGGAUUACUUAUGUCGCCAUGGGAUUCCUACGUACACAUUGGAUGGAGAUAACAUGAGAACAGGAUUGAACAAGAAUCUUGGUUUCUCACCAGAAGAUCGUGAUGAGAACAUUCGACGUGUUGGCGAAGUUGCUAAGUUAUUUGCUGACUCUGGAAUGAUUUGUUUGACGGCAUUUAUUAGUCCUUAUAAACGACUCCGUAACCGCGCCCGUCAAGUUCAUGAAGAAGCAAAUCUACCUUUUUUCGAACUUUUUGUUGACACCCCCCUUUCUGUUUGUGAAAAACGUGACGUCAAAGGACUGUACAAGAAGGCUCGUGCGGGUGAAAUUAAAGGUUUCACUGGUAUUGACGCUCCAUUUGAACCACCAGAGAAUCCUGAUCUUGUAUUGAAAGCUGGCGAAACAUCUGUUAAUGAAUGCGUGCAACAAAUUGUUGAUUUAUUAACUGAAGAGAAUAUUUUGCCAAGUACUAUAGUUCAAGAGGUAAAAGAAUUGUUUAUACCAUCAAAUGAAGUUGAAAUAAAACGACAAGAAGCAAAAAAGUUGCCAUCCGUACAACUUACUAAGCUGGAUCUUCAAUGGGUUCAAGUCCUCUCUGAAGGAUGGGCCACUCCACUUUCUGGUUUUAUGAGAGAAAAUGAAUAUUUACAAUGUCUUCAUUUUGGUGUUCUAGUUCGUGACGGCGUUUCAAACCAGACUGUUCCAAUUGUUUUACCUGUCACCUAUGAAGAUAAAGAGAGACUCAAAGGAGCAUCAGCUAUUACUCUGACAUUCAACAGCAAAUCUGUCGCUAUUCUACGCGAUCCCGAAUUUUUUGCCCAUCGGAAAGACGAGCGAUCGUGUCGUCAAUGGGGUGUUUUUACCAAAGACCAUCCUUACAUAAAGAUGUGUUACGAAGCUGGUGAUUGGCUAGUAGGUGGUGACCUUGAAGUUUUCGAGCGAAUAACAUGGGGCGACGAGUUGGACAAGUAUAGAAAGACUCCUAAUGAGCUGAGGAAAGAGUUUAAAAGUCGAAACGCUGACGCCGUAUUUGCUUUUCAGCUUCGUAACCCUAUACACAAUGGACAUGCUCUUCUUAUGAAAGACACUCACAAGAAACUGACCGAACGUGGAUACAAAAGACCUGUGUUACUGCUUCACCCGUUGGGAGGUUGGACAAAACAAGAUGACGUACCACUUCCUGUUCGUAUAAAACAACAUCAUGCAGUCUUGGAAGAUGGAAUUCUUGAUCCUGAUAACACGGUUUUGGCCAUAUUUCCUUCACCAAUGAUGUACGCUGGUCCAACUGAGGUUCAAUGGCACGCUAAAGCACGCGUAGCCGCAGGUGCAAACUUUUAUAUUGUGGGUCGUGAUCCUGCUGGAAUGCCACAUCCGACUAAAAAGCCAAAGGAAGAUCUGUAUGAGCCAACUCAUGGUGCUAAGGUUCUAACCAUGGCGCCUGGUUUGACCGAGUUAGAGAUUGUUCCAUUCCGUGUGGCUGCCUACAACUCGCAAGAAAUGCAUGGAUUUUUUGAUCCUAGCAAAAAGGAUGAUUUUGAUUUUAUAUCUGGUACUCGCAUGAGGGAGUUGGCGAAACGUGGUGAAACUCCUCCUGACGGUUUUAUGGCUCCAAAAGCGUGGAAGGUUCUCUCUGAUUUUUACAAAUCUCAACAAAAAGAAAACAAGUAGAAUCAAUGUAAGUUUUUGAAUUUUUGUUUAAUGAAUACGUAAAUUAUUUUGAUCAAUGUUGCAAAAGUUUUUUUCGCCAUAUUUUUGUUUCUCCGGAUUAUCUUAUGUUAAAACUUAGUGUAGGAUAUCUAUGGAUUUGUUUCAUCUUAUGAUAAACUUGGUGUAGGACAUCUUUGGAUAAGUUUUAUCUUAUGAAAAACUUGGUGUAUGGUACAUAUGGAUAUAUAUUGUUAUUUUAUUUUAAGCUUGCCGUAGGAUACAUAUGGAUAUAUAUUGUUAUCUUAUUUUAAACUUGGUGUAGAAUACAUAUGGAUAUAUUUGGCCGGUAUAA